AUGCAACUUUUCUUUGCUCUUUAUCUUUUAGGGUAUCACCAACAGCGGAAAGCUGUUAUUGUUUUGCAGACCAAUUAUAGAUGCAUCCGUGACCGUGUUAGGUUUGUCAAGAAAAAGAAAGCUGUUAUUCGGUUGCAGGCUCAGGUCAGGAAGAUUAUUGCCCAGCGUCUUGCCAGCAAUCUUCAUGAACAAAAAAGGUUGGAAGAGGAACGUUUACGACAUGAACAACUUGAACAAGAACGGCUUGAAAGAGAGCAAGAGGCAGCUGAUGAAGAAGUUAUUGAAGAAUCCUUACGACAAUCACGAGCUGAACUUCAAUCACUGGCUCAACUUAUUGAGUCAAUGUGGACUCAGCAUAACCCUCCUGUUUCACCAAACAGCCUGGAUUUAGAUCAAAUGUUCAGUUUUCUUCAAGAAGAGAAAGCUCAUGAUCUGACACUACAACAACAUAGUGAUAAAGAAGAAGCACUCACAAGAAUCAAUGAAGCCUUUGAAGUGCUCAAUGAACUUUGGGAGUGUGUAAUAUCUCUCUCUCUCUCUCUCUCUCUUUUCUUCCUUCUUCCAGCUGCAUAUACAGAAUUAUCAGUUAUCAUCAUGGCUACUUACAAGGUUGUAGUAUUUGCAUUUCUAUAA